AUGGCCCGGCUGGAGCAAUAUCAAGCACGCCUUCAUAUUGUCAGUGGUUUCUUCUCGCGCUGCUUCACCUACAACUCCACACAACCUUCGGCUUUAAACCCUCUCGGCAAUCCCCCCUACCCAGGAUAUACGUCCUCCAAUGGGCCAAACUGGGUCGAUUACCUAACCGUCAAGUACAACGCGUCUCUCCUUCAGACAUACAACCUCGCCUACGGCGGCGCCACCGUGGCCAGCGACCUCGUAGCCCCCUACCUGCCGACGGUGCUAUCGGUCAAGCAGCAAGUGCAGACCGAGUUCCUCCCAGGCUACACCGGCUCCUCCUCCGAGGCGUCCUGGACGGGGGCAGACUCGGUCUUUGCGAUCUGGAUCGGCAUCAACGAUGUUGGGAACUCGUACGGAUCAGGCGCCAGCGCCAGCGAUGCUCUGAACGCCGAGAUAUUCUCCGUGUACUCUGGCUUGGUGGACCAGCUGUACGAUGCCGGGGCGCGGAACUUCAUGUUCAUCUAUGUGCCGCCCGUCGACAGGAGUCCCCUGACGGUCGGCCAAGGGGCCUCUUCGACGACUGUGGAGAAAGCCGACAUUGCGUCUUGGAACGCGCGAGUGGCCAGCCAAGCGGCUGCUUUGAAGAGCAAUCACACUGCUGACGCCAAUGUGUGGACUUAUGACGCGAACAAGCUCUUUACCGAUGUUUUGAACAAUCCCGCCACGUACCCCCAAACGGCUGGGAUCAAGAACACGACGGCUUAUUGUGACGCGUAUAUGAACGGCACCGACGAGGACGACACCCUCAUCGCGAGUUGUGGCAUCCCUGUCAACCAGUACUUCUGGCUCAACAGCUUGCACCCGACGUACCCGAUCCACGACGUCGUCGCUCAGCAGGUCGCCCAAGGUUUGGCGGCUGGACCUAACGUUUGCUAG